UGUGCUCGAAUUCGGAUUUUCAGUGAUAGGCUUAGGCCUAGGUGGAAAAUGAUUUUUUUAAAGCAAGAUAAGUAUGGUGGGAAGUUAAAUUUAUUAAAAAUCAUUCCUUUAUUAUUAGAAGGUGUACAAAAACAGACCAAACAACAGGUUCCAUUGAUGAAUCGUGUUAUUUUUGGGGAACAAAAUGAAUGCUUAAUCUACAGAAUGCUGAUCGGAAGUGUGUUCGGGUUAAUUGUCGGGCUUGCUUUUUACGAAUUCAUUAUCUCUGGCAUAGCCUUCCAGCCAUCUACAGUGUUCACUCUAGGAGUUGUAUUCACCAUGUUACUGACUCUGGGUUGCUCUCUAUCUUCUCAGAUCAGAUGCAUAACAUUGUUGACGAUGCCUUCAUUCUUCGGAAAGUCAGGGAGACACAUUGUGAAGGCUCUGAUCAUUAGUGCACUGAUGUCUGGACCUGUUCCUAACAUCAUGGUCAAUGUUGAAGAGGUGAUGAGGAUGUUUACCUGUAGCAACUCCAUGGCUCAUAACCUCUCUCAGGCUAGAUAUGAUCUUCUUGUCAAACCUUUCAAGAUUGCCUUCUUGAACACUAAGGUUGAAUCAGAAGAACUUAAAGAUAUGUUGGGAUCUGUAAACAAUGUAGUAGAGCCGUUUGCUCAAGAGAUAGAGGGAGUUGAUGAUGUCAAAUUCAUCCAAGAAGAAAACGACUAUAUGGAUGAAGCAUUGAAUGACACAAAAAGAAGUGAAGAACUAGAAAAUAAAUAUUCUAAUAAUUUAAGCAGGAACAUGUUUGACAUUAUAAAAAAUGUGAACAAGUCAACAAGUUUUAAAGAGUAUGAAUUAAAUAAUACAGUUACUGCUGAGGAAUAUCAAAAACAAUACUUGAAGAAAUUGGAAACUAGAUGUGAAAAUGUUAAAACUGGUAUGGGAAAAGCUUGCAAGAAGCGAUUUUCUAAUUUCAAAGACAAAUGUGAAGAGGCGUUACACUGGGCAAUAUCUUGGGCCAUUUGUUGGCCUAUGAAAUUGGACGUCAUCUGUGAUAUAGUUAAAAUGUUUACUUAUGGAGGAUACGACUGUGACCCUUCAUCCGUAGUCAGUAGUUGUAUUGGAAAAGGAUACAUAGACCUAAGAAAUGCACCUGAUAAACUUCAAAAUAAAGUUAUAGAAGAGCGUAUCCAGUAUAAACUAAUUAAGCCUCCUAACAUUGUAGGACUUCACUCAGUGGUUUCAAUUACAAAAGAAUUCAUUCAUGAAAUUUAUUUAAAAAAGACUUUAGCCGAUGCCUUCUUGACCAUUACGAGAACUUUUCUUGCUUUUUUGUUUAUAAUGGUAAUUUUCAGUGCCCAAACCUACCACAAUAACUACCUACGAUUCACAGACUAUGAUAACAUUUAUAUAACAGCAGAUUAUAGGGUUUUGGAUGCCCGACGCCGUAAAUACAGCAAAUCAACACUGCUUCCACAGACCAAAGUUGAGAGAAGAUUGACAGCUGAUCCAUACAGUCUGUCACUGUCAAAGGCAGAAAAGUCUGGUUUGAACAAAGAGUUUUGGCUAAUAUGUGCCCUGAUACUUGUUUGCUCAAUUGUUCUUGGGAUUGAUUUCGCUCUGAGUGAAGCUUUGGAUUGGAUAAAAAACAAUUUGGAGUUCUCAUAUUCAGAACAAGGACAACACAAGUUUAAAAUUGAUGUUGAAGGAAUUGGGUUUGUAGCUUCCCUUGUUAGAUCAAUUAUCCAAAGUUUCAACUUUAACAAAGAACUGAAAGGAGAAGUCAGUAACAGAGCAUGUUUACCAGCUGCAAAGCAUCUUGGCAUGAAAGCGUACAUAAAAUUGUACGGAACUUGUAUUUUUUUAUGUCUUCUGACAUACUCUGAGGGGUACUUAAAAAGACUCAGAAGAGCCAUUUGUGCUUUCUACUAUCGUGAACAAGAGAAGAAAAGAAUUGAGACACUCUAUAGGAGAAACAUAUAUGAUAGAAGGAAAAUGCUCAAAGGACAAAUAGAAGAAAUAUUCAAGAGAGUGAAAAACAAUGAAACAAUGUAUAACGAAAGAUGUCUCUAUCGCAUCUGCACAAGCGUACCGCAGCCUUGGAACUUUCCCUUGAGAGUCUUCUCUUCAGCUCGUCCAGUAUGUGUGAUCUGCGAGGAAAAUGAGCCAUUCCUUGUAUUCUGGAAACCUAAACACCACAAGUGUACAAAGUGUGAUUCUUACUGCUGUGUGGAAUGCUGGGUAAACUUUGGGAACAGCUGUUUUAAUUGUUCUGCAACAGAAAAAAUUGACUCUGAUCAAGCUCUCAGGCACUCUGUGACUUAUGGUUAGGCCUCGUUGUUUCACUUUCUAAUAGUGAAGUUUUGGAAAUAGUUUACUGUUUUAACUUUUUCUUGUUAUGAUAGUACUUGUAAUAGUUAUACUUUUUAUGAAAAUAGAAUUAUCAUAUUUAAAUAUUAUUUUAGUUCUCAAAUUAAUAGGGUAAUAAAAAUUAUGGAUAUUUUUUAUAGACAAAAUGCAUUUAUUUAUUAACCAAGGGCCACUGGUCUAGUGCUAAAAUGUUGAACUUAAGGCUAAGAUCCCAUUGGACGCAUGCUUGUGCAAGUAAUUUCGUGGCUCAUACGUGCGCAAGACUGCGCCUUGAAUUGAAAUCUGACGAGAUCGACAAAACAAGUGGUGACUUGUCCAUUGCUGCUCAUGCUGUCUGCCACCAGCAAGUGAACGCUUCCACAAGCUUACUCAGACUCCACACCAAAACAACACUAUUUGUUUCGUAGUUGCAAGCGUGCUCAAGUAGCAGGAUCUCAGUUCAGUUGGAUACCUUGACAAUGAGUCGAGUGAAAGUGACAUGCUAUACUAUGGAUACGGAAAAAUUACAUUGCCUGUUUAGUGUAGGUGUUCUUUUGUCCUGUAUGAAAGUCUCUGGCGCCAUCCUAAAAUAGGCCCAGUGAAAAAAAUUCUCAAGUUGUCUCAGCAUACUCUCUAUCAAAAUAAUCUUCCUCUCUGCUCACAAAAUACUCGUUCACCACUUUUCUCUAAUAUCUUGUUCAACCAACAAUAAAGACUUCAACAUACCACUUUCUAAAACGAUGUCCUUAUCGUCUUACAUCACCAUUUCAACUGACCUGUUUAUUAUAAUUAACUUGCAUUUGCUUGCAAUCAGUGUGAGCACAUCGCCGUUCUCGCAACUUGCAGUUGUGCGUCCAAUGUGAUCUCAGCCUCACUCUAUACUAGAGGCACAGAGUUAGUAUUCUGCUUGUCGUUAUUGGCCUUUGACCAUGUGGUAAUGUGAUCCAGUGUCAGAACCAAUGUAUUUAAAGUACCACUCUAGUUAGCAAGUCAUAGCCAAAACAUCAAACCUGUUGAGAGCUGAAGCUUUAAUUAUGUCUCUGCUUCAUCAUGAUAUGUAAGUACAGUAGAACCUUGAUAAGAAGACCCUUAUGGGGAUGAUCAAAUAUGACUCCUUAUCAAGGUUGACUCCUUAUAGAGGUUUGCAAUAACAUGCAUUUAAGGGCAAUAUAAAAUCAUGGUUAUUUAAAAAUGACAUUAGUUACCGAGGGCCACUUGUUAUUGAGGGUCUUCUUAUCAAGGUUCCACUGUAUUAAACAAUAUUGUACGAGUUUUAAUUUUAGUUCAUAUAUUUUCAAUUUUAACUAUCAUAAAAUUAAAAAUUGAACUUUAAAUACUUAUGCUACCUUUGCUAUCAUUCUUAGAUUACUGUCUAUUAUAGUUUGCUAACAAAACUAAUCCAAUGAAUUAUCUAGUAGAGAUAUGUAAAACCAUAGAUCAUCCACGUUUAGGUCUAUAUUGAUCGAAAUUUACAUGGUAAAGUUAAAUAAUGAUCAACUAAUAUGAACACGACUAUUAGGACCACCUUAAAUUUCAACAAGUAAGAACACAAAAAUAAAAGUAAUAGUAGAUGAAAAAAUAAUUUGCCUUAUUUCAUUUUUAAUUAAGUGGAGUAAUCUGUUAUAAAAAGGUUUCUAAUUAAAUUUGUUCCCAUUGUGUUCUAUGAAUGUCCGUCUCAUUAGUGACUACUUCAGUACGUACUUGCUUUCACUGUAAGUAUUGUUAGUAAACUGAAAGCCACUGUAUUUUACGAAUAAAAGUGUUGCAUUUGUAUACCCAUUAUAGGGUGAGUGGAUCAGUGAAUGAGUUUCCACUUAUAUCCAACAUGGGAAAAUAACCUAUUGUUAAGCUACAUUGUAAAGAAUAGUUUUAAUGUAUUUUCAGUUUUCUCCUGUACUUCCGUUGACAAAACUUAAUGUAUGAUGUACAGAGAUGAGUUGAAAAAUGAAAUUUAACGGAUAUAAAUCAUUACACCAAUGACUGUAUGAAGAAUGAAAUAUAUU